AUGCGCUUAACUAGAAUAUUUACAGAUGUUGAACAAAGAUUAAGGAUGGGAUUAAACACAGAGGAGACGGUGGAUGAGGAAGAGGUUGGGUUGAACGAUGAUCUGAUAUCUAGUCUUUACUUUACUCAGGACCAACAGAAAAGAGUCGAUUUUAUUCUAGCUUACGAGAGUCCAAAACCGGAGGACAUGGAAGCAACCUCAAAAUCUCUCAAAAGAUUUGUAUUUACAGAAAACUUGCUCAAGGAGGGACUAGAGCUAGAGAUUGAGGAUUCAGGAGGCUGUGCAUUGAGUUUUAUAAAGAUUCAUGCACCCAUGGAACUAUUGAAGAGAUAUGCUGAAAUAUUAAAGAUUAGAAUGCCAAUAAGGGACGGUAUACGGAGAAUCAGGAAAUUCUCCGCUGAGAUGCUAGCGUGUCAAGAAAAACGACAGGGAGCUGAGGGAGUGGAUAUGCUUGAGUUUAAACUGACCCAGAUAGGAGGGAGUAGAGAGAGUACUAUGGAUUCAAUCAGAAUACCACUCUUCUCAGAUGUAGCAGACGGGGUUAAAUCUUGGUUAGAACGUCUCCAGGAACCUUUCUAUCCUGAUCCUGACAUCAUGAAUAACUCGAAGGAUCGGGUCAGUAGACGCAGUUAUCUGGCAGGCUGGUACAAACUGGGCAGGGAUAAAGAAUAUCUGUUUGAUCAUGACAAGGUCAAUUUCUUCUCCCAGUCUACGAGAUCUCGAAUAAUAGAGUUCCUUCUGCAAAGAAAACGUUAUUCUGACAAUACGGCCGACGAUUUUGCAUUUGGAAUCAGCCGGCUAAUCAGCGAGAGAGUGUUCUUAGCCGCGUAUCCGCUGCAUGAUGGCACAAUUAAGACUCCUGGAUCUAUGCGAUAUCUUCUCUAUAGAGAAUGGGCGUCUAUUAGAAAAUUUUGGAAAUAUCAACCUCUAGAUGCUGUCCGAGAUUAUUUUGGAGUUAAAAUCGGUCUUUACUUUGCCUGGUUGGGGUUCUAUACCUUUAUGCUUAUACCUCCUAGUUUGGUAGGGUUGAUCUGUUUCCUGUAUGGACUAAUUACAAUGAGUACUGAUACUCCCAGUGAUGAUAUAUGUCCUGGUGGUGGGAUGGCAAACACCACAAUGUGCCCGAUCUGUGAUAAUUUCUGCGAACCCUGGAAACUUCAGGACGCCUGCCAUCUCUCUAAGGCCAAGUAUUUGUUUGACAAUGGUACAACAGUAUUCUUUGCAGUCUUCAUGUCUCUUUGGGCCGUAUUCUUUCUAGAAUGCUGGAAGCGAUAUUCAGCGGAAAUAUCCCACAGAUGGGACGUUUUUGGAUACGAUCCUGAAGAAGAACAUCCUAGACCAGAAUAUCUAGUCAAGCUCAGAAAUGUGAAGGAUAAGACUGUAAACUUCAUCACACAGACCAGUGAACCUAAACCUCCAUUCUGGAAGAUGAAACUGCCAGGAAUUCUCAUAUCCUGGACAUCUGUCUAUCUUCUCAUCUUUCUAGCUGUCGCAGCUGUCAUAGCUGUUAUUUUGUACAGGAUGAGUAUGGUGGUGGCGUUAGCCGCUGUACAUGACAGUACAAUCAGAGGAAACUGGUCUCUAUUUAUAUCUAUGACUGGAGCCGGGAUUAAUCUUGUUCUUAUUCUCCUCUUUAAUUGGUUCUACGAACAGAUUGCCUUCUGGUUGACAGAAAAAGAACUCAGGAGAACACAGACUGAGUUUGAUGAUUCCCUGACGUUAAAAAUUUAUCUUUUCCAAUUUGUUAAUUACUACUUUUCAAUAUUCUACAUAGCAUUCAUCAAAGGUCAAUAUAUUGGCAGACCUGGAGCUUACAUACGCUUUUUUGGAUAUAGGCAGGAAGAGUGUUCCCCUGGUGGCUGUUUCAUGGAACUAUGUAUUCAGUUAGGAAUCAUUUUCUUUGGAAAGCAGUUCUUCAUGUCUAUCCUAGAGUACUAUAUGCCUCUGCUCUGGAGACUCUUCAAUCUAAUUAAAUUAAGGCAUGGUACACUCUCUUGUCUGGGAGGGAAGGAUAAACAGAAGGAAGAAAACACUCCGCAGUACGUUAGAGAUUUUAAGCUCGUGGAGUGGGGGCAUCAGGGAUUGUUUUAUGAGUAUCUUGAGAUGGUUAUACAGUACGGUUUUAUAACCAUAUUCGUCUGUGCUUUCCCUCUAGCUCCAUUACUAGCUUUUCUGAACAAUAUCUUGGAGAUGAGACUUGAUGCGAAAAAGUUGCUUAUUCUACACAGGAGACCAGUUGCUCAGAAGGUUCGAGAUAUUGGAAUAUGGUUUGAUAUUCUAGAAACUUUAGGAAGGAUAGCAGUUAUAACAAACGCUUUUAUAAUAGCAUUCACAAGCGAGUUCAUACCCAAGAUUGUGUAUCGAGUUCAUUACAGUGAGGACGGGUCGCUUAAAAAUUAUGUGAAUUUUACACUCUCCUACUUUGAGCAGAGUGAUGGAGAUGGGAACAGUACUGGACUAUGUAGAUAUCAGGACUAUAAUCUACCUCCCUGGGAUGAGUUUAAAUAUCAACGCAGCUUGAUAUUCUACCAUAUCAUGUUUGCAAAGCUGUUGUUUGUUGUUGUGUUUGAGAAUGUAGUAGCUGUUACCAUCAUGACUGUUAGACUCCUGAUACCUGACAUGUCCGCUAGUCUCAAGUAUCGGAUACGGAGAGAGGCAUAUGUGACAAAAGAGAUAAUUAUUCGAACCGAAAGAUUGAAAAAAGAAUUUAAAGCAAGUUCAGUGCCUAACAUUGUUAGUUCCACAGGUUCUGAUUUGUCUCCAAGUUCUGAUGCCUUGACAGUGGAGUUCUAUAAGCACAAAAACUCUGUGGAUAUUUAACUAUUUCAUGCUCAAGCUUUAUUUUAUUUUUUUCAAGUUUAGAUAAUACAAAAUAUAGACAAGAUAGGGUUAGAUACAGAAUAAAGUUCAAAGUCAAACGACUUGACUUUUUAGGAGAUUCAUUUAUAAUAAAAUAUUCUUAACUUAAAGUUCAAAUACGACUUUUUUACGAUUUUUAUAAUACAUAUUCUUAUCAAAAAUAAUUCUGCGUUUUGAACAUAUCUGCUAAUGCUUGAAGCUUAAAGUUUUUCACACACACUAACGAAUGAAGACUAUUGUCGAAAUUUCGAGGAAACUUCUUUCUUUUCAAAGAUCUUUGUUAACAUAAUUUAGCUUUUUUUCUGAAAUAUAUUUGUUUA